AUCACCCUGCCAUGGCUACAUCGACGCGUUCUUCACUGACCCAGGACACGAGCGAAUAUCCACACAGACCUGCGAGAAAAGCCUCUUUCCUUUCGCUUAAGCGAGAUAGACGUCUAGCUGACACCCAUACUGCCUCGCCUCAGCCGGACGUUUCACAUGCAGGACGGAGCUGCCCCAGGACAAGCAACAGCGCCUUGCCGUCAUCGUCCCGCCCUUGCGACUUUGAGGUCCCGGACCAGCCUACCAUAUCCGGACCAUACAAGCCCAAGAAACAGCGGUCAUCUUCGAUGAGCAAAAACGCUCCAUCUGCGAAGGACUUACGGAGCUCUGGCAAAAGCAAAGACAGGCCUCACCGAGACUCUGCGCGAGAGACCCACGACUGCGUUCCCUGGCCAGUCAUGGAGUUUGAAGACGCUGAAGUUCGCUCGCCGACGACCAGCGGAUCUUCGCACGGGCCGUGGGACUAUGCUUAUCCCAGGUCUCUGAACUAUCCCUACCGCGACUCUGGAUCCUCCACCCUGAGCCGUCUCGAUCCGUUACCGCAGACUCCCAUAGAUGACUACUCGUUCAAAGAACAAGUUUAUACCUCUCCAGACGUGGUGGCGGCUCCCGUUUCGGGAGUAGAGACCAUGGACGCUUUGGUGGACGGCAUGAAUGGCUCCAGCGACGACGACCACUAUACCUUCAACAGUCUCUCUGUCCGAUCUCAUCAUAAAAGCACCGGCUACCACCCAUUGUACCACCCACCAUUGCCAACACCUCCGCCAGGAGUUAUGCUUGGAGGAGGCUUGCCGCGAACGACGCGAAAAAAGAGCGGAUCCGACUCAGAAGAUGAGAAGAGCCAGCCUUCAUCUCCAAGGCGCCGCAAAGCCCGUGAGAAGCACUCUCGAUCUUCUCGUACGGAUGCGUUGAGCACUACUUCGCGCACACCGUCUUCCACACCCAUCACGCGGAACCCUACUUUCACUAUGCCAAAGAUCUCAACGUCCUCGAGCUUUGGUUCGCUCAAUCCCAAAGGCGACACUUCUCUAUACCCCAGCUCGUCCACCGAGGAAAUUCCGCGAGAGAUUGAGCCAGUCAAGCAGUCCAUGGCGCCCUCCAUAUCGGAUAUUAUCCGCACGCAUGCUCCCGCGUUAGAGCAGGCGCGGACACGACCCCUCACCGUGUAUUCCACUGCCGACCUGAAGCCAAAAUCUAGCCCACACUUCGCCUUUCCACGUCCUGGGAGGACGAAGACUUCGCGGAUCCCAUCCGUGUAG